CGGCUCAGUAUAAAAUAAAGCAGGACAGAGAUCACACCAGUUCAUUCUUGUCAGGCCAAUACCCUUUCACCGAGUUGCGCCAGUUUAAGCUCACUCUCUUUCUUAGAAAGAAAAGCACAUGCCUCGUAUUUAAAGAACUAACCAGACUGGAGCUUCACUUAUCUUCACUGGACCGAGUUAACAUGGAGACAUCGCUUAAACAGCUACGUUUAAAAAAAUAAUAAACAGCAAGGAGAAACGAAACACUUCUUUCGAGAUGCCAAUUGCUCUUAUGGAAAAGUUAGACGAAGAAACAAGCUCUUUCUCUGGAAGUGAUUCUCAGAGUCCACAGAACUGGGGCAGAGGUCAGCCAAAUGAGAGGACUUGUCAGCGUCGACAACGCAACAGAGAUGCAGCUCGGAAGAGUCGCAAAAAGCAGACAGAGAAGGCAGAUGUGCUCCAUGAGGAACUGCAGACUCUGGAACGGUCCAAUGCUGCCUUAGUGAAAGAGAUUUCCGAACUGGAGAAAGAAUUGCAGCGCUACACUACAACCUUAAAAGAACACGAACCCCACUGUACACUAUCAUGUUGGUCUGCACCUUCCAUACCAGACAUGUCUACCUCAGACUUCCCCCAACCCAUUAAUUCAAACCCUGGGGAAGAGCCCAUUUUUCCAACGCAUGAUCCAACUGCGCUGGACUUCUCUCUUGCUGAGCUCCUGGACAGGACUGAGUGGAUGCCAUGGGACUCAGAUAUAAGAUUGCCACCAUUUUGAAAAGAGAUGGUGGAUGUUAAAGCUGAAAACAAACAAAAACGUAGCUGUGCUAUAGUUACUUCCCCCUACCACCCCAUCUGGAUUUAACAUAUGUUAUUAGGUGCUGUUUUUAAAAAAAGUCUCUUUAAAGGAUUUAACUUUGUACUAUGCUUUAUUAUUAAAAAUGGAAAUGUAUUUUUUAUAAAUAUUUUUUUAAAUAUAUUUGACAACUAUAGACUACUAUUCAGUGUAGAAUGUAAUGACCUGAAAGAAAAAUGUGAUAUGAUUAUUUCAGUUUGUCCACAAACCACAUUGCUGCUCAUCUCUAUAAUAAACAAAACGAACAUUAAUAUACUGUAUAUAUGUGUAACAUUUAAACAGAGUCACUAAAUCACUGAAUGUAGAUUUGUAUGCUGUAGAUUUAUAAUAUAUUUGAAAUAUAUACAGUUUGAUUGAU